AUGUCUUCCAACUUACCAACUCGCCGUGUAACGCGGGUUACCCGCACGGUGGUUCAGAAGGACAGCGAGAAUGCUAAUGCCCGCCCAUCUCGUAUUAUCUCCCGUGUGAAGCCCCCAUCCACGUCUGCCAUUCCUGCUCCCACCGCCACAGCCCAAUCCAGAGCCUUGGGCGCUACCGCGGCUUCUCGUGCAAAGGUCGGGGCCAACGAUGAGAACAAGGUCGAUCUUGCCCUCCAGGGAAAACGUAAGCGCGAGGCGCUUGGCGAAGUUACGACUAAGAACAUCAACAAGAACAAGGCCGCUGCCACAGCUGCUAAGGACGGAAAGGGAAAAGGCAAAGAAGUAGUCCCACCGACCAAGGAAACGUUUGAUGGCGUAGUGAUAAAGGCGAAGCCCACUAUUCCUUUGAGACAGAUCCCCGUUCCUGCUCGUCGUACUACACGGUCUGUGAUUGCUCCAGAGGUAAAACCGUUAAAAGAUGUCAAGGAGGAACCCGUAGUCAAUGAUGACGAUGCGAUGGCUGUGGAUGACCACCCACCGGCUCCUGAGCCCACGCGACGCGUUUCAACCCGCAGGUCGGGGGCGAACACCCAACAGGUGAUCAACCAGGAGGUACAACGUGUUCAGGCUACUCGACGAACUUCGUCGCAUCUCGUCUUAAAGACUGAGGUACAUGAGGAAGUUCAAGACGAUCGUGUAUUUAAGAAGAGGCGAACGUCUUCUGAUGCUCCCGAAACCGACAUAGACGAGCAAGCGCAACACGAGGCAGAAGUGGCGGCAGUUCUUGAUGUUGAUGUAGCACCAGAAGCUGACCCCGAUGGUGACGAGUGGGACGAUCUCGAUGCUGAAGAUGCCGACGAUCCAUUGAUGGUCAGCGAAUAUGUUGUCGAGAUCUUCAAGUACAUGAAACAGACCGAGCUUAUAACACUUCCCAAUCCGGAAUACAUGGCAUCGCAAAAAGAGCUGGCCUGGUCGAUGCGUGGAAUCCUUCUCGACUGGCUGGUGCAAGUACAUGCACGGUUCCGAUUGCUUCCUGAGACUCUGUUUCUCUGCGUGAACAUCAUCGAUAGGUUUUUGUCGGCACGCGUCGUCUCCCUUGCUAAACUUCAGCUCGUGGGCAUUACAUGUCUCUUUAUUUCGUCCAAGGUCGAAGAGAUUGUGGCACCAUCCGUUUCGCACUUCCUUCACUGCGCGGAUUCAUCCUACACCGAAUCCGAGAUCCUUCUCGCAGAGCGGUACGUCCUGAAAACGAUCGACUGGAACUUAAGCUAUCCGAACCCGAUGCACUUCCUGCGCCGUAUAAGCAAAGCAGAUGAUUACGAUGUCAAAUCGAGGACGAUGGGGAAGUAUUUAUUAGAAGUGGGUACACUAGAGUGGCGGUUGCUGGCCACGCCACCUUCCCUGGUUGCUGCUGCUGCGAUCUGGUUGGGACGUCUCAUUCUCGGCAUUGAUAAAUGGACUCCUAAUCAUGCUCAUUACUCGUCGUAUGCGGAAAGCUCCAUAAUUCCGACUGCCAACCUAAUGCUUAAUUAUAUUCUCAAACCCAUCCGUCACGAAUCAUUUUACAAGAAAUACGCUGGCAAGCGCUUCAUGAAGGUGAGUAUACUCGUACGAGAGUGGGCACUAGAGCUGUGGGAAGAGGGCGAGCAGGUGUCUCUUUUAGCUGAGUUGCCAGCCAUUCGUGCAAGGAAUCGAGCGGAAAGGGAGCGGCUGGCGGCAGCAGGCUUGGACGGUGACGAGGAUGAAAACUCGUGA